CGCAGUUCCACUCAGACCUGUUUCAGCUAAUCGGCUAAUCGGAAUCAACUUUGAACUCUUUAAUUGUUUCUCUUUUUCUUUCCUUUCUUAAUUCUUUAUAUCCGCGACAACUUUAACCUCCCCCCCCCCACGCAGUUUAUUAUUUAUUUAUUUUUCGAGGUAAACAAAAUGUCAAGGGUUGUGGAUUUUUUCCCCGUUAGCUAUCGGAAAUAGCAGAUAUUAGAUUAGCACGCUGCAGUUAGCUAACGCGCGCGAGAGAGAGGGGGGGAAACCAAAGUCCACAGGAGGUGAGCGCGCGCUUCCCGCGCUCUGCGAGUGAGCCGCUUUCGUCCGCUCGCGCGCGCAGUCAUUAGCGGUCGCUGCUGGGAAUGUGUGCCGCUGGAAACGGCAGGAAAAACUGAAUAUUUUUUCCCCCCGAGCAGGGUUAUCAUCAUCAUUAUAAUCAUCACCAGGGAGAAAGCCGACAUUUUUAAAACGUUACGGAUGUUUAACCUUUUGCCCAUGAAAAGCCGGGAUCUGUCUCUAAAUCAGGACAUCUUCAUAAUAUCCUAAAAGAAAUCAAAGACUUUUUUUUUUUUUGCUCAGCCAAAACUCUCAGAAAAACAGAUACACAGAGUCGUAUUUUUUAUUUAUUUUUUUUCCGGACAAGAAAAUUCCAAAAGGUUUUACGUCAUUUCUCGUGCAACGUUGAAAUUCCUACAUCCCUUAAGUGAGCUCUUGAUACAUCUAACAGAGGAACAUUAGCCCGGCUUUUGCAGACAUAUCAUUUUGCGACUGAUCUGUGAUUCAAAAGAGCCUUCGAGAGACUUUUGUGUCCUGGAAGAAGCUGUAUGUAACAACGAAGGUAAUAAGAGAGGGGAUGAAAGAAAGGAAAAACAAGUCAAAAAGACAACAAAUCAGCAAAAUUUUAACCACAGUACUUCUACAGUAAGAGUACUGCAGUAAUUCUACUAGUAUAAGGGAUCCAGAGCUCACUUCUUUUUCUUUGCACUCUUUUUUUCCUGCCACUCCCUUAUAUUUUCCACUGCCACCCUUCAGUCUGUCUUCCUUUCCUCCCUGUAAUCCCUCAGCCCCAUUUCUUCUCUGUAUGCUCCAUGCUCUUCUCAGCCCGUUCACCUCAUCCAUAAAUUCAUCCAUUAUUCUUGUCCCCAUUGCUCUUAUCCUUCCAUAGACGUCUUUGUUGCCGGCGUUCAUUUUCAUACACAGAAAAAAAAAACCCUAAUCCCUCUUUUCAUACUGCCAGUGUGUGUUUUUCUGCACUACACCAUCCACACUGGCGGGCACCAUUCCGCCCAAAGGAGAGGAGGACUUCCUCGCGCUGGCCGCCUCCCGGCUCAGCCGCCGCAAGCGCGUCAUAGGGGCGGCAGUGGGUGUGGCCAUGGUUCUCAUUCUCUUGGUCGCCAUACCUCUGUUGGUUCACAGCACCAAAGGGGGUGGAGCUGGAAGUGCGGGAAGUCAUUAUGAAAUGCUUGGCAGUUGUCGCAUGGUCUGUGACCCCUACACCCCAUCACAACAUGGCCAGGAACUGACAUCUGUAUCACCGCGGCCCCCUGAGAUCACAAGCCGAAGAGGGAAGCCUGGAUACAGAGGGCCUCCAGGACCCCCAGGUCCACAAGGACCCCCUGGAGAGCCAGGAAAGCCUGGUCCACAAGGACCCCCAGGACCUGGCCCAAAUGGUUAUGUGCCCUCUAUCUACACGCCGAAAAUUGCUUUCUAUGCAGGCCUGCGGAAGCAGCACGAAGGCAGUGAAGUGCUCAAGUUCGAUGAUGUAGUCACCAAUGUAGGCAACUACUAUGAACCCACUACUGGCAAGUUCACUUGUCCCCUACCUGGCAUCUACUACUUCACCUACCACGUUCUCAUGAGAGGAGGAGAUGGAACCAGCAUGUGGGCAGACCUAAAAAAAAAUGGACAGGUGAGGGCCAGUGCCAUCGCCCAGGAUGCAGACCAGAAUUAUGACUACGCCUCUAACAGUGUGAUCCUGCAUUUGGACGUAGGGGACGAGGUGUGUGUGCAGCUAGAUGGGGGAAAAGUCCACGGGGGAAACACCAACAAAUACAGCACCUUCUCCGGGUUCCUCAUCUACCCUGACUGAUUAUACAUUAUACCUGCCGCUCCUUCAGCUCACAAUGCUGCUCAGCACAUACACACACACACACACAUAUAUAUAUAUAUAUAUAUAUAUAUAUAUAUAUAUAUAUAUAUAUAUAUAUACACACACACUGACACAAACACUCUAAAUAGACCUGAAAGGAGGGACAUGCACAUGGUUUGAUGCUGGGGGCAGAAGGGCUUCACUGACAUGACAUCAUGAGCAAAUUGUUGCUUUCAUUAAGCAGGUUCUUUUCUGACAUGUUGUUUGUAUGUGUAUGCAAAUGAUGGUAAUAUGCUCUACUUAUAUGAAUGCAAAUUUCCAAAAAAAAAAAAAAGAAGUGUAAAAUAGAUAUUGCGUAUAGAAAUAUAUCUACUGGAGUGUUAUCCUCCCUCAGCACUUGCAGCAUUAGAUGUACAUGUGUUGAUGUUAUACAAGUCGCGUCAUUUUUGCGUGUCCCACUUCAGUAUUUAAUUUUCUUCACACGUCCACGAGCGCACGUUCCUGAAGUUGGACAAAGCCAUUACACGCGCGCGGCCAAGGCUUGGUGGAAGAGAUUUCCAUGGUCUUGUUUUCACUAACAGGAGGACUGAUUGGAUAGCGUGGCGCAGUUCAAUACAAUGACAUAUGUAUGCGCACACACACCACCACUGUGGGCCUGUGAUUAAUCUAAGUUCCCUGGUUCAAUUAAUUUGACUUAAAGUGAUCGCUUUGGCUGUCAGUGUGGAAUUGGAGAUAUGGCCUGUGUGCAUGGACAUGCAGGGUGUGUGUGUGUGUGUGUGUGGUCAAACACAAUACUUGAGCUGUGAGAACAUGGAUUUUCAAUGUGUCUAAGAGCCCUGCCCCAGAAUAAAGCAUUAAUAUACUGGCUUAGGGUAGCUGUCUCUAGCUUGACUGAUGAUUAAAAUUUGACCAAAGUUAAAAUAAUUGCAAGACUCUGUCCAAGAGGUGUCUUUAUUGCCUUAGAUAAGCUAACAGUGAUAAAGUGCACUGACCUUAAAUUAAAUGAAUUGGUUUAAUUGCUGAAAGUAUCUGUUCAUGCUGCAUUAAGCUCUUCUCAUGUAAUAAUUGAAAAGGUAAUGACUGCUAAAUUACCAAACAAAUCAAAUCAGAAAAAAAAAGAAAUGCUCAACAUUAGCAGCGAUUUGUAAUGUGUUCAUGCAAAUUUUGAAAGAUUAAUAUAGCUACAUUUCCCAGCAUAAAUUGUGCCAGUAUUAAUGGAUAUUUUUUUUUUAGUUCUCUGAUUGUAUUGUAUUUAAUGUGUUUGUAAAAUUAUAUCAUGGCCAGAUAAAGGUGGCUUUCUGCAAAUUAAUUAUUUAAUUUAUUUGUCAAAAAUAUUUUUUUAAGAAUUAACGGGCAGUCCUGAGUGUGUGUGUGUGUGUGUGUUACAGUACGUUUCAGUUGUAGCAGGAAUGAGAAAGAUUCUCUGCAUCAUACAGUGUUCCUGUAAUUUUACUGAACUGUGUAUUCAGAAAAAGGUUGAUUCUGGAAAUCUUAUAGUAAUUCUGUGCACAGUGGGAUUUGGCAGGACACAAGACAAGCCAUGUGCAAAUAUAAUGAAAUGCAAAUACACAUCAAUACAUCCAUAAAUCAAGCUCCAUUUCUUCUCAUAAAACAACUCUAUAAUAAAGAAUGUGUAA